AUGUUGACAGCAAAAAAUAUAAUUGAAAUGGAAGCGAAUAGUGAGUUGAGCAGAUAAAUAAUUAUGAUUUUUUUUGUUUUUCAGUUAUACAUCACCCCGAGGCACGAAAGCGAACUAAUACGCUGAAAGUUGGUGAGUUGGCACUAAUUUUUUAUUUUGAAAAAAAUGUAGUCACUUCUCAUCAUGUCUCUAGGAAACUAUGAUUUUUUUUCAAAUUUCGCCUAGCACAAGUUUGAAAAUGAUUUUGCUUCUUUGCUAUUUUUGAUUUUCUGAAAAUAAUUCCUGAAAAUUUUCCAAUAAAAAAACUGUUAGGUCUAGGAUUACUGUAGAUAUUUGGCGCCUAAAAAUCCACUGUUAUGAAAAAAAUGUUCAAAAUUUUUUUCACGUAUAAAAUACGUUUCAUGAAAUUUUCUAUUAUCAGGUUUCUGGUGGAAUAUUGAUGAUUCGUAUUUGUCCUUUAUAAGAAAACAAUAUUGAGUUUGAAAAAUAGAAUAGUGCUGACAUUGGGCAAAAUCAGAUUUUUUCUAAUUUUUGGACUUCACAAUCAGAAAAAUUUUAAUAUUUGCCACGUCGAAUUUAUUUUUGUAAAACCUAAAAUCACGCAUUUCAUCUCCUAGUUUUCACACCCAAAAUCAUUUUUUCCUUCUUGGAUUACGGUAUCCAUAAAAAUCCUAUGAAUUAAAUAUAUUUUCUCAUAUUUUUCCUCCUUAUUUUUUCUCUCCACCUCUCCCCAAAAAUAAAAAUAACAACAUAACACCGUAAAAACAGAUGAUUUUCCCACACUUCCCCAUUUUUGCUCAUUUCACUCAUUCCUUCUGAAAAUAUGCUCUAUGAAUCUGACGACUCCGGUAUUUUUUCAAAAACAAAAUUGUUCUUCGAAAAUAAAUUCCAAAUUUUUAUAGAUAAACUUUCGCCCACCGAAUCAAUGGCUUUGUCAUUAGCGUCGAGGCGAGGUAAGCUAAUUAGUCGCGCUCGCGUGCGUGCUUUUUCAUUCUUUUGUCAAUUUUUCUAUUUUUCUAGCCUCGGUUCCUAUGGAAAUCAUCAUUGGAAAAGGUAAUGAAUAGUAUUAUCUAUAAAAUUUUUUUAAAAAACCCAAAUUAAACAAAUUUUCCAGACGGCCGCCCAGUUUUCAACGCAAGUUCUCCAACCACAGCCGGAUCUCCGAUGUUUUCCGAUCAAAAAGAUCGACGAAUUCCACGAGCUCUCAAAAAAGAGGGCUCAUUGUCUCGUGAAAACUCGAAAAAGAGUUCAGGCUCGAAGAAGGGUUUGAAGAAGACUAAAUCAACAACUCGUGAAAAAUCAAUGUCAAUCGAAGAUCGAGAUGUAUGAUAAUUUUUUCUAUGAUGUAUAAAAAUAUUAUUUAAUUUUCAGAGUCCAUUAACCGAUGAUUCUCUUCAACAAAUCUCUGGUUCAAUGACGACUUGUUCCAUUACCCAAUUCUCAACACAACGUCGAAAAUCAAUCGAUUUGUCGAAAAAUGAAUUCGAGGAAUAUCGAAUUAAUCGAACCAGUGAGGUUCAAGUCAGAAAUUUCGAAUGUCAAGUUGAUCUUUGA